AUGCAGGUGGAGGUGUGCUCGCCUAGUGGCAGCAGCUGCUCCGUGCAUUUGAAGCGCGAGAGCUCCGUCAAGGAGCUGAGGGCCGAGGCGCGGCGGAAACUGAAGCUGCCUCGCUUCGUGAGCCUGGCGGCGUGCGGCCAGCGGCUGGACUCUGCGUCCAGCUUGAGCGAGGCUGGCCUGAGGGAUGGGGGCACCGUUGACGCAAUCUCGCAACAUGCCCAACUGGCCGCGACAGAUGGCGCCUUCGCUCUGUACCUGGCGGGAGGUAGUGCAGUGAUAUGGGGCCAUCCGGAAUUCGGCGGCCAGUGCAAGGUGCAAAAGCAACUGCCGCCUAUCCAGCGGAUCCUCUCCUCGCAAGCGACCUUCGUCGCCGUCCGGACUGACGGCGAGAUGGUGAUUUGCAACCGUGAAGGCGGCUACAAAGUCCCGAGGCCCAAAUCACCACUCCGACAAAUUUGCGGGAAUGCCGGCGCGUUUGUUGCUCUCCGCAUGGAUGGCACCGUGCUGACAUGGGGGGACCCAACCUAUGGCGGAGACAGCAGCCAGGUCAAAGAUCAGCUGGUGGAGGUGCAGCAGAUCCGAGAAGCUCACUUCGCCUUUGCUGCAACCCGCGCAGACGGCACAGUGGUGACGUGGGGCAACGCAGAAUGUGGGGGUGACAGCAGCCAGGUGCGGGAGCAGCUCACAGGGGUCCGGCAGGUCUGCGGAACCACCGCAGCUUUCGCCGCGCUCAAAAGUGACGGCAGCGUCACAACUUGGGGCGACCCCCAUUGGGGUGCAGACUGCGAUCAGGUUCGAGAGCAGCUGGUGCAAGUGCAGCAGAUCCAAGCAACGAAGUCGGCCUUUGCUGCUAUACGGACUGACGGCACUGUAGUGACUUGGGGAGGUGGGUACGGUGGUGGAGACAGCAGCCAACAACAGGAGAACCUGAGGCAAGUGCAACAGAUCCAAUCAACUCAUGGGGCGUUUGCGGCAAUUCGGACUGAUGGCUCUGUGGUGACUUGGGGCAAGGAUGAUUGCGGCGGAGACAGCAGCAAGGUGCAAGAGCAGUUGGUGCGGGUCCAAGAAAUCCAAGCAACGGCCUUCGCUUUUGCCGCAAUGCGAAAUGAUGGCUUGGUAGUGACUUGGGGCAAUGCAGAAAAGGGCGGUGACAGCAGCCUGGUUCAAGAUCAGCUGGUGCAAGUGCAGCAAAUCCAAGCAACUGGUUCUGCUUUUGCGGCCAUCACAGCUAGUGGCUCUGUGGUGACUUGGGGCGAUGCAGAACACGGCGGAGACAGUGGCCAUGUUCAAGAUCAGUUCGACGAGUUGUGA